CAAAAGCCAAUCAAGUUCAGACGAAUCGUAUCAACAAGGGCUUCAGUCGUGGUUCUUGGAACUCUAACAAUGAAAGGAAAGUUAGCGAAAGCCAUCGCCCAGGAGGCACCAGUCAAGUGACUUCCCCGAGCCAGUCUUCCCCGUCGAUGGACGGCGCCGCAUCAACCAGUGGAACUGUUGCGUCCACUAAAGUUAGGGCGAAUCAUUUCCAGCUUAAGAUGCAGACUAAUAUAGUGUUGUACCGCUACAGUGUUGAAAUUAGGCAAGUUGACGAGAACGGGAAGACUCUGCCAGAAGGCGAGAAAGUUGGCACUUCCGCCAAGCUGCGUGCGUUCGCAGUGUUCGCCAACGCACUCGACGAUCAGCGCCCUAUUUUCGACGGACAGGAAUCAUUUUACUCGAUGAAGGACCUGCAACAGGGCCGUAAGAAAAUUGUCAGCUUGGGUGGAGAAAAAGAUAAACGACAUUAUAGCGUCCGUAUCCAUGACAGGAAAGAGCUGCAACAUUCAGGUCACUGGACAUCACUGGCCGCAGACUUUGUGCAAGCGCUUGACGUAGCCAUUCGCUGCGCCCUGUCCAAUGACCGCAUGCGCAUUGGCAGGGUCCUGUUCGGCAAAGAAGAUGACGAAAAAUUGGUAAAGCGAUUUGGUGAGACUGGUUUGGAACCCUACCGUGGCAUUCUCACCAGCGCCCGCCGGGGGCAGUCGGAAAUGUUCUUAAACGUGGACACGAUACUGACUGGCUUUUACAAGACCUGUCGACUCACCGAUCUGCUGCAGGGUUUAGGCAAUACUGCCCAGACGAUAGCUUGGCCACUUAACGAGGUUGGUGUGAAGUUUCUCAAAAGUCUGAUAGGCUUCAAGAUCGAAGUCAGGCAUCAGGGUUACACACGCGUUCGCAAAAUCGAGUCUAUCACGCCGGAAACUGCCGCACAACUAAAGCUUGGGGAACCAGAGGACUCGACAACAGAUUCAAUAGAAAAGUACUUCACUAAAUAUGGUGGGCUUCGUUAUCCUAAUCUUCCCUGCGUAAAGGUUGUCAGUAGCAGGACAUGCUAUUACCCUUUGGAAAAGUGCUUCUUGAAGUUGGGACAAAAAGGCACCAGCAAACUACCGGUUGAGUUGGCGCGUCCCAAAGAAAGGUUUGAGUUUGCCAUAAAGAUUGUAAACGAAUUGAUCGAAAAGCGCGAACAAUACUUUGGUCCCUUCGUCAAAGAGAUUGUUUCAGAACCUGUCGAGACGGAGUACAAGAUCUUGCCUAUCUUGCAGACUAGUCGCACGACGGACCUUGCAGGCGAAGUCAAGUGGAAAAUAGUGAACACGUGUGAAACCAAAGCGUAUAUUAAUGACUUCAUAAACGGUAUACGGGAGGUAGGAGGUGAAAUGGGUGUCGCAAUGUCCGAUCCCAUGCUUGAAGGGCGGCGCCCUCCGGGUAUUAAACCCGACCAAAACGACCACAGUGGAUUCCACAUCGUCGUUUUUGUUUUGAAUAGCAAGAACUCCGUUCACUACCCCCGCAUCAAAUAUUUGGCCGAAAUUAAGUACGGCUUGAUAACUCAGUGUGUCGUGCACAGCAUAAAAAUGAAAGGACGUAAUUUUCAAAUGAACGUAAUGCGCAAGAUAAAGGCAAAGCUUGGCGUCGUUGACAAAGCCAUGCCAGUCGACAAGCUCUCAUUCGAGGAUGUCCUCGUCAUGGGCGCCGACGUGAGCCACCACAGCCCCAAUGAGUCGAAGCCUUCCGUCGCCGCCAUCGUCGCCAGCAUCGAUGACUGCGCCUCUCGCUACGUUGCUGCAAUCCGCCCUCAGCAGAAGUUCAACAAUAAGAAACGCGUCGAAACGAUUAUGGAAAUGACGAGUAUGGCCAAGGAACUUUUUGGUUACUACGCAGAAAAACUGCGAAAAAAUCCCAAGCACAUAUUAUUCUACCGCGAUGGCGUUAGUGAGGGAGAGUUCCGCAAUGUUUGCGGAACGGAGCUGGCAAACUUGAAACGCGCGUGCCGGAAUGCGUUUGGUGUUGAGCCGAACAUCACGUUUGUGACGGUCCAGAAGCGGCACAGGACCCGCUUCACGCUCAAUGACGGUAACGUGCCUCCAGGCACGGUUGUCAACACGACCAUCACGCAAGAACCGGAGCGCGAGUUUUUUCUGUGCUCCCACACUCCCGUCAGAGGCACAGCUCGGCCCGCCCAUUACCGCGUGUACGUCGACGAGUGCGACCUCCCACCCGAGAGGCUACAGGAGAUCACGUUCAGCCUAUGUCACAUGUACGCUCGCUGCGAUACGCCGGUCUCCAUCCCAGCGCCAGUCUACUACGCCCACCUUGCUGCAGCUCGUGCGAGCUGCCACAUGAAGGGCAAUCCACAACACACCACGGAUCCCAUCAAUAUUGCAGAAAGCGUGAAAAAAAAGAUGUUCUUCGUUUAGGAAAGGGCCCUUUUGUCGUGCUUCUCGACGUCUCGUAACAGACGUCAUGGACUAUGGCUGCUUAGUGCACUUCAUACUUUAUUGCAGUGGUCUUCAGGCAGCCGCUCAUUUGUGUCCUAGCUACCAUCACGCAACCAAGAAACUUCAGUUGAGUGACCAUCCGAAGACCAGUGCUACCCUUGGACUGUCCUCACUUUUUAAAUAUAUCUUUAAGUUCACUUCCUUGUCCUCACUUGAAGCGCACACUCGUCAUUUUAUUAACACUCACCAUUAGUGUAGUUUUAUGAUUUCACAUCAAGCAUGUCUUUGAUCUCCAUACGCAUAAACAAGCCUUUAUAAAGACACUCUUCCAAGUGUGCCGCAUAUUGGUGUUUGUACUGUGACAACUGCCGAGGUCUUCCUCGCGAUUAAAGGCUAUAUACUGUCUGA